AUGCCCAAGAGGAAAAUUGCCAUCGUCGUAGCAUCACCGCUAGACGAAACCGAGAACCUCCACGAAAUGGAAACGGAGACAUUAUCUGUGAGCACGCUAAAUGCCAAGAUAUUCCGCCAAUAUUCCGCGUUCCAUACCAAUGGAAGUAUUAAACAUAUGGACAGACAUGAGCGACCUUACAAAUGUCUUGAAUCCGGUUGUGAGGAGGACCAAGGCUUUGGUUCGACUGGUGACUAUCAGCGGCAUAUACGAGAAGUCCACAAUAGCGGCCAAAGGCCCAGGUAUUCUGAAUUUUAUCCAUAUGAGAGAUGUCGUCACCAUGUUUUCAAGCCUUUCCCGAGAGCCGAGAACUUGCGAGAUUAUAUAUGGCGUAUGCAUAAAUCGGAGCCCAACAGCUACCUCGAAUUAAGGGGAAACGUAUCUGCCGAGCCUAGUACCCAAAAGAACGCUUCUCUCGGACCGUACAACGUUCGCGAUCCAGCCACAUGUCUUUCUGGGGGCAAUACUCUACAAAAGGAGGCAGAAUCUCUUCGCAAAAUUAUCACGGAAAAAGACCGACCUAUUCAGUAG